CCUGUUCUCUUUCUUAAGUCACUUCAAACACUGCGGCUGACUCUGCGUGUGUCCCCUCAUCCCUCUGCAGUAUGAAGUAAGCGUGCGGCAGGUAGAGAGCGAGCAGCGAGCAGGCGAGCGAGCAAAAGGCGGGAGCCUCCUGACAGGCAGCGCUGGUGUGCCGUUGACUGGAGUUUUUGCUUUCCUCUGUUCCAUGGUGAAUUGGACAUAUCUCAAUUGUAAUGUUCAGAGACAAAGUUUAUCUUCAGCAGAAUGGAAACGACACUCAAAAGGAAUGUCACCUCGCCGUUUGGCGACAGGGUGCAGUCGCACUCAAACCAUGGCCCGUGCUUCCAGCCUCUUCCUCUUCUUCUUAAUUCAUCACGAUUCCCCUCACUAGAUAGUUCUUUUGACCGGAGCUUCUUUAGUUUCAGACCCCCAGCCUUACUGGACUUUGAAAGAUUCCAGGCAAACCCUGAAGGGGGCUCCCGAAAACGGAAGAGGACACCAUUCAAAGUGACUCACCCUCUUCCAGAAGGUGAGUGCUCUGAUGAAAUGAGCGAGGAAAGCAAUGAGAAGAUGGUUAACCUUUCACGCCUGCCUUACCCAUUGCCUCCAACAGCAAAGUGCGUGCCACAAAUGAUAGAUCUAAGCAACUUUCAGUUUUAUCGUGCUCUUGAUCGCUGUGACACUGGUGCCAAAGAGGAGCCCAUGAAACAUGAACUACUAUGGCCAGGCACCCCACUAAUGAUGCACCCACCACCAAGAUAUUAUCCCAAAAUUCACCCUGGAAUAAUCCCAUUUCCUUUCAUCAUGCCAAAUCCCCUCAUGCAUUUUCCACAUGGCUUUUAUCUGAAUGAGUCCAUAAAUAGGCAUCGAAGAGACACUGCUGAGAAGGAGAAGUCCAACAGUGGUGAGCGACUGGAUGUCAACGUACACAUUGAUGACAGCUAUUAUGUUGAUGUGGGAGGUGACCAGAAGCGCUGGAAGUGCCGGAUGUGCGAAAAGUCUUAUACCUCCAAAUACAACCUUGUGACCCACAUUCUUGGCCACAGUGGCAUAAAGCCUCAUGCCUGUAAACAAUGUGGCAAACUCUUCAAGCAGCUAAGCCACUUACAUACACACAUGCUCACACAUCAGGGAACCAGGCCUCACAAGUGCCAAGUGUGCCACAAAGCCUUCACUCAAACCAGCCACCUAAAGAGACACAUGAUGCAGCACAGCGACAUCAAGCCAUACACCUGCAGGAUCUGUGGCAGGGGCUUUGCCUACCCCAGUGAAUUGAAAGCCCAUGAGAUCAAACAUGAAGGUGGCCAGGAGAACAUCUGUGUAGAAUGUGGGUUAGAUUUUCCAACACUGGCCCAACUGAAGAGACAUCUAACAGCUCACAGGGGUCCAACCCAGUACAACUGCACAGAGUGUGACAAGACCUUCCAGUACCCAAGCCAGCUCCAGAAUCACAUGAUGAAGCACAAAGACAUUCGACCAUACAUCUGCACUGAAUGUGGAAUGGAGUUUAUACAGCCGCACCACCUCAAGCAGCACACCCUGACUCACAAGGGUGUAAAAGAACACAAGUGUGGUAUCUGUGGGCGUGAAUUUACCCUCCUUGCAAACAUGAAGCGGCAUGUUCUGAUUCAUACCAACAUUCGAGCCUACCAAUGUCACUUGUGCUUCAAGAGUUUUGUGCAGAAGCAGACUCUGAAAGCUCACAUGAUCGUGCAUUCUGACGUCAAACCUUAUAAAUGCAAGCUAUGUGGGAAGGAGUUCAACAGAAUGCACAAUUUGAUGGGCCACAUGCAUUUGCACUCAGACAGCAAGCCUUUCAAGUGCCUUUACUGCUCGAGUAAAUUCACACUGAAGGGGAACCUCACAAGGCACAUGAAGGUCAAGCAUGGUGUCAUGGAUGGUGGCUUAGACUCACAAGGAUUUAGGAGGAGAGGAAGGUUCAGACUGUCAUCCCAAACAGAUGUGAUGGCUGGCUUUGUGCAGGAUGAGCCCUUUGACCUUUCACAGAAGCACAGGCCCAAAUUGUGCGUGUCUCAGUCAGAUGGAGAAAGUGCCAAGGGCAGUUCAUGUCAGGAAGAAGAUGAAGAGGCUUACUAUGGGAUGAACCACUCUAGUCCUGAGGACUGUCAUCAAGGCGGGGGCUCGUUCUCACCAAGAGAGGUGACUGGUGCACAGAAUGAGCCAAGGCAGAGCUUUGGGGAGAAGGACAGAAAUGGAAGUGAAUGUGAGGAGAGAGAAAGAGGCAGGGAAGAGCUCCAAGAAAAGGAGGAGGAAUUUUACCUUGCUGAAGAGGAAUAUGCGUCUAUCAGGCAUUCUCAGAAAAAUCAGAGCUACUUUCGGCACAAGCGUUUCAACAUGCAUGUGACAAAAAAGAAUGAGCAUAGGUUUACUAAGGAUAGUGAUUGAAGUGGGGUUUUGUGUAUGUGGGAGUAAUAAGAAUAAUGUGUAUUUAAUUACUGCCGCCUAUUAAGGAAAAUCUGAGAGAUGGAGAGAACUUUGAAUGCAUGAAUAUAUACAUCAAUUAAUUUUUGGAAGGCCAGUAUCUCCAUUCAAGAAGCAGGAACCUAUCCCAGCAGCACUGAGUGCAAAGAAGGCGCCCACUCUGAAAGGGAUGGGAAGGAAAGGGUCACCCACAAGGCACACUUACAAAGGCACACUCACAUUCACUCAUUCUUGACCAAUAUAGAGUUGCUAAUGCAACCCAUGCAACAUAUCUUUGUGUACAGAGAAACAGCACGCACUCAUGGGGAGAACAUGCAGCCUUGAUAUGGACAGUGAGCAGGCUGAGACCUGAAUCCAGUUCUGCUGAGCUGAAGCACCAUGGUGCCCACUUUCAUCAAAAUUUUCUUGACGCAUAAAACAAGGUUGAUGAAAUUUAAACUAAUUACUGGAAACCUGCAAAGAAAAGUAAUGUGUUCAUUUAUUUUUUUAAUUUUUUGUGGUAACUUUGUUGUUGAACAGACUCCCAGAGCAACUUCUAUAAAUAGCACAGGACACCACCUUUUACUUGUUAUUAGCAAAGCUGAAUAGUAAGCACUUUCCAUGACCUGCUCUGGAUCACACUGUACAGCAGUGAUUUGCAGUUUGGCUGUUAGGAACCGUAAAACUACACUACCUGCAAAAGAAAUAUAUAGGUAUAUGUUCACUUUCAUGUAUAUGUACAUAUAUGUUUAUUCAUAUAUUUAUAUUCAUAUCUUUAUGUGCACAUGCAUGAAGUUGUGUGAAUAUGCAUAUACUGUAUGUAUCUUCUUGCACGUUUACAGUAUAUGUUAGUUUUCAUUGUAAUUAUAUAUAUGUUUAUGUAUAUAGGUAUGCAUUUGCAUAUACACUAUAUGCGUAUGUAUAUUAAAUGCAUAUGUGCAGUAUGUAUUCAUUUUCAAUGAUAUGUACAGUAUAUAUGUGGUUAUCCAAAUUUACAGUGGAUUCAGAAAGAAAAUAGGUUACACAGAUGUGUACAGGAUUAAGUCCAACAUAGAACUGAGGAAACAUAGGACGUGGUCUGGGUUUUAAGGCAGGGAACUGGAAGUGAUGUCAGGGUGGCAGGAAUCAGGCAGAAUUUCCCGUGUUUGGUCUGCAGGGAUAACACAGAAAGAGUUACCUUCAUUUGGUCCUUUUAACUGCCUCCCAUGCGUACGUGUCUGACAAUGGAAAGUGUGCUUUGAUAUUUUGAAUCCUUGUGCUAAAGUAAUUUAAAUAUGUUUUUUCCCCUCAUCAAAAAAACACCAAUAUCCCAAAAUAACAAAGUGAAAACAGGACUUUAGUGAUUUUUAAAAAUUUAUUAUGAAUAAAAAACGGAAAUAUUGCAUUGAGACAGAUAUUUAGACCCUUUACUCAGUACUUUCUUGAAGCACCUUUGGCAGCCAUUACAGUCUGGAGUCUUCUUGGGUACAAUGUGACAAGUGCCAAACACCUGGACUUGGGGAUUUUCAGCCCUUCUUCUGUAAAGAUCCUCUCAACCUCUAUCAGGUUGGAUGGAGAUCACUGGUGGACAGCUGUUUUCAGGCCUUACUAAAGAUGUUUGAUAGGGUACAAGGCUGGGCACUGGCUGGGCAACUGAAAGACAUUCCUAGGGUUGACCGUUAGCCACUCCUGUGUCCUUGCUUCAUGCUUAGCAUCAUUGUUCUGUUGGAAGUUGAACCUUCUGCCAAGUCUGAGGGACAGAUCACACUGAAGCAGGUUUUAAUUGAACAUAUCUCUGUACUUUGGACCAUUUGGCUUUCCCUCAAUCCUGUCUAGUUCCCCAGUGCUCAAAAUCAACCCGACAGCAUGAUGCUGCAACCACCAUGCUUCAUUGUUGAAAUGCUAUUGCACAGGUAAAAGCAGCGCCUCUAGGAGUCUUUUACUUUUCUAGGAGGCUUCUGUCUGACUGCUCUAUCAUAAAUCCCAGAUCGGUUGUGUGUUGUAGUGAUGGCUGACCUUCUGAAAGGUUCUUUCAUCUCCACAGAGGUUCUCUGGAGCUCAGCCUCUCUUACCAAGACCUUUCUCUAAUAAUUGUUCAGCUUGGUUAGUUGGCCAGCUCUAGGAGUUGAUCCAAACAUCUUCUGCUUAAGAAUUAUGGAGGCAACUGUGCUCCUGGGAACCAUCAAUGUUGCAGGCAUUUUUUAUAAUCUUCCCCAGAUUUCUGCCUCAACACAGUCCUGCCUCUAAGCUCUGCAGGUAAUUCAUUCAAUUCCAUGGCUUGUUCUUUGUUUACUAGUGGGAACUUCUAUUGACAGGUGUGUGCCUUUCCCAAUACUGUCCAGGCAAUUGAAUUAAUUACCGGUGGUGUACUCCAAGAUACAUGUCUCAAAAUUGAUCAGCAGAAUGGGGUGCAUCUGAGCUAAAUUUCAACUGUCAUAGCAAAGGGUCUGUAUAUUUGUGUCACUAUGACAUUUCAGUUUUUUUUUAUUUUUAAUCAGUUUACAAAAAUUUCACAUGGGGAGAGCACGCUGUCAAAAAAAAUGUUUUUGUGUUGCCGCAUUGGGGUACUGAAUGUUACUUGAUCUGGGGAAAAAAUGAAUUUAAAUAAUUUAGCCCAAGGCUGCAACAUAACAACAUGGUGAGAAAUUCAAGGGAUCCGAAUACUUUCUGAAUCCACUGUACAGUAUACUCAUAUGUACAUGCAUAUUAGAUAGAUAGAUAGAUAGAUAGAUAAUUUAUUAAUCCCCAAGGGGAAAUUCACAUACUCCAGCAGCAGUAUAAAUAUAUAUAUAUAUUUAUAUUUUUUUACAUACAAAUAUCUUCUUCUGUAUGUUCAUAUCAUCAAACCUCAGAAGUAUAAAUCAGUAUUGCAUCAUAACAAUUCUGUGCAAGUAUGCUGUUAUUAAUUAUAACAAAACACAAUAUUAUUAUUUUGUAUUAACAAAAACCUGGAUGAAUUGGAGGGAAAACAAAAGGUGAGAGGAAUAGAGGGAGUGGAAGAAGCACAUUGCAGCAUUCUUCUUGUUUUUGGCCCUUAUAGAUUUGACAUUGAGUAUGCACUAAAGUGACUUAAAUUGUUUCUUAAAUAUAAAUAACAAUAGGAGUUCAACAAUAUCAAAACUAUAUGGAGCAAAAAAUGCAAUAACAGUACUGUACUGCUUUGUAACACAAGAUUAAUUUUUACUUAAUAAAAUAUUAUUUAAUAAUAUUUUUAACAAAGUAACAUUAAUCUGUUUUCUGUAUUUUAUCUUGCAUGAACAGUCCUUUAAAUAAUGUAUGUACAGUAUGGGAACUAAGUUAAAAUAUUAUUGCUGGGAUGCCAGUGAGGCACGAGCCUUCUUUUUUUAUAAUGAAAACAUGCCAAUAAAUUAAAAUGUUUUAUAAACUACA